CAUGUAGGGUCUCUCUAUGAGUCAGAGUGGACUCAACGGCACACAACACAACAUUAUCCCUUUUAGAGCAUAAUAUAUGCUCCUGGAAAGGGAGUGUUGAGAAAGUGCUGUAGGAUUAUUAGAAUAUUCCAACAUCCAUCUUCGGCAGUAGCUCUGCCCUUUUCUUUAACUCCUCUGAUGUCAUGGCAUGCCUCUAGCUUUGGCCUUAACUUAUUUUGCCCGCAGUCAUACAGUUUCUAUAUAUCUUUGUUAUAGUAAUAUUUAUUACAUUCUUCCAAAUGAAUAAAAGGAUUUCUACCAAUCUCUAACAGACUACUGAUCUUGAUCCUCUGUUUCCCAGACCAUUUAAGAAUUUAGAAUUGUAGUAAUAGCUGCUUUUUAAGAUCUGAAGAAAUAUUUUUUUGUUUGUUUACAGCAACUUAAUCAUUAUUAACUCUUGGCCAUGGAGUUGAUUCCAACUCAUAGCGACCCUAUAGAACAGGGUAGAACUGCCCCUUAGAGUUUCCAAGGAGCAGGUGGUGGAUUCGAACUGCUGACCUUUUGGUUAGCAGCCAAGCUCUAAACCAGUGUGCCACCAGGGCUCCCGAUCAUUAUUACUUGCUAUUAUAUUACCUAAUAGAAUAUAAAACCCAAAACAAACCAAAAAAAUAAAUAAAUAAAAGAAAAAUGGAAGAUGUUGUUGCUUGCUGUACUGUGGCCUGGCAGAGCACAUUCAGAUGAUGAUGUCAUGCUAUCAGGUGUCUAUUAGCUGAGUGCUGAUAACAGUACUCAUAGCAUAGAAGAAGAAAUUCAAAGUAACUGUGCAGUGUAAUGUAUAGUUUUAAAUAUUUAAGGAAAAUAUUUCAAAGGUAAGUAGGGUUAUAAUGAAUUAGCAGUGCUUGGCAUAACAUUAAUCAGGGUAAGAAGAUAUCUAAAUUUCAGUUAAUUUUUUUCAUAUCCCUUUGAGGGUAUUGGGACAAACCUAAUGGAAGUGUUGCCUUCAAGGACUUUUAUUGUGUUAGGUUUGGGCUCAGCUAGACUAGGCAGGAUAUUGGUGCCUGAAUCUUGGUGAAUGAAGGAAACUAGGAGAAUAGAACCUGAGAAAGUAGGAAAAAACCAGCCCAUAAAUGAGAAGUGAGUAAGAUUGUAAGUAGACAUGGAUUAGGAUGAACUGUUUAGGAUUGAGGACAGGAAAAAAGUGAGUGUCAGAUACUUAUUUUUGUAUGUGGCACCAAGUGGUAGUGUGGUGGCCAAAAAGUGGCAAUAAAGCUAAUCCAAGACUAUAGUGAAGAGAGAAUUUAGAGCCAGGGAACCAUUGUUUAUCUAACAUUCUUUCAUUUUCCUCUGUCUUGGUUUGGAAAGGCCUGUCCCACUAUAGGGUUGCUAUGAGUCAGAAUCGACUUGAUGGCAGUGGAUGUGGUUUUUGUUUUUGGUCCCACUUGGAUCAGCAUAGUUAGUAGGGAGAAGUUGGUUUUUACUUCUCAGGUAAUGAGGACUACAAAAUGUAGAAGGGAUGCAAGUUCACAGGGAUAAUCAUCUUUAGCUUUCUUUCUCUCUUUCUUUUUUCUUAUCUCUGUAUGUUCCCAGAAAGAUUGGAAAGAUGUGCUAGGCACCUGGUAUUGCAAUUUGGAAUUGUUAAGAAUUCUGAAGGGUCUGAGAUUUUAUACUACUUGCAAACUAACAAGUUAGCCUGCCGCAAUAGUUCAUGGAUGCUGGCAGAAAACAAAAGACUCCUGGGCCAAAGACAAAGAACUUUAUUACUCAUGGCACAGCAAAGCAGCAUGAGCUUUAUGUUCACAUUGGUUCUCCUUGCCCCUUAAAUCCCACUCAGGUGUGAAGUGGCCCAGGUGGAUGCCUGACUCUCGGUGGGUUUGUAUCACAGCUGACUUAGGGAGCCCUAAUCUUUUAUAAUGAAUUGCAAGAAAAUCUGCCUGACCUGUGCCCCAAAGAAAGGCAUUAUCUUUAUUAUACUGGACAGUAAAUCAACCUGCUCUCUGCUCCAGAGGGAGACAUCAUGUCUGUUUUCUCAGACUGUUCCUUAUAAAUAUCUUUGAAAAGACGAAGUCAGACAGUGCCUCUUUUUGGAAAACUGUAGAAAUGUGAGAGACUGUGGAAAAUUGUCUCCCAGCAGAAAGUGAUUAGUGUGAAGUCCUUUGAGCUGUGAGUGUUCUUGGCUUUUGUUUCCAGCUCUAACUUUCCCUGUUUUUAUUAGGAGUUAGCAAGCUGUUUGUAAAGGCCAGAUAUUAAAUAUUUUUAGGUUUUGUGAGCCAUAUGCUUUCUGUCACAACUACUCACCUCUGCUGUUGUAGUAGGAAAGCAGCCAUAGACAAUACGUAAAUGGAUGAACCUGGCGGUGUUCCAAUAAAACUAUUUAUAAACAUUGAAAUUUGAAUUUCAUAUCAUUUUCAUGUCACAAAAUAUUAUUCUUUUGGUUUUUUUUCCAGCCAUUUUAAAAAUGUAAAAGGUAUUCUUAACUCAUGGGUCAUACAAAAAUAGGCAGCAGGCCAAAUUUGGCCACUUUUUGCCCAUCUCUAUUUUAUAUGAUGGAUUUUGUUAAUAUAAAUACAUUGUUUUAAUUCAGCAGUCUUGCCUAUAAGAGGUAGUAAUUAAUAUUUUUCUAGCAAUUGAUAAUUCUAAAAUCUUAUAAAUUAUCCCAGUUUAACUUCACAGUAACCUAUGAGAUAAGCAUUAUUAUCUCCAUUAUAUGGUGAGGAAACUAAUGCACAGAGAAGGUAGAAUGACUUGCCCAAAUUCAUAAAACUAGUUAAGUGAGACAGUCAAAACUGUAUUCUCGAUUCUUCCCCCUGUAAGAUGGUACUCUCUGCAGUUUAAACUUUAAUAAUAAGAGUGUCAUGCCACUGUAUCUCAGUACUUCCUUGUUGCCAGAAUGCUUAGAGUUCAGUCUGUAAAUAAUGAUAAUGCAGACUUCUGAUUUUCAUUAUUAACUGUAUUCUACUAUCCAGCCAUUUUAAUUUAAUAAUUGAUGUCUUGACGAAAACUGGAUAUGGGAGGUGAAGGUCAUUUGUUACAAAGCUUGGUAAAGAUCUGGCAGUUGAACAGUUAUAGUCAUCUGUAUACUAUAUAUCUUCCACAUUUCCACAGAAAAUAGUAAUAUAAUAAGAAAACUUUAUCCCUAAAUUAUUUGUGUUCCUGCAGUAUGUUUUACCCAAAGUUUUAGACUGGAGAUAUUGAGGACAUUUUUUAUAGUAAUGUACUUUUUGGAUUGCUUCCCUCUCAGGUGGUUGAAGAUUAUGCUGGAAGAUGGCAGGUCCCUUUGCCACAGCUUCAGGUUCUUCAGACUGCACUUUGUUGUUUUACAUCAGCCAGUGCAUCAUUCCCAGAUGAAUGAGUUUCUUUGAGUUGCUGUUGUUCUUUGGAAGAGAUGAGUUUUAUGAAGAGCCUUUAAAGGACAUUCUUGGAUCAUUCCAGGAAUGCCAGAAUCACCUCCGCAGAUAUGGAAAUGUGAAUCUGGAACUGGUGACUCGAAUCAUUAGAGAUGGUGGCCCAUGGGAAGAUCCAGUGUUGCAAGCUGUUCUUAAAGCCCAGCCAGCAUCUCAGGAGAUAGUGAACAAAUAUUUAAGUUCUGAAAACCCACUGUUCUUUGAACUACGUGCCAGAUACCUAAUUGCUUGUGAACGCAUACCAGAAGCAAUGGCUCUUAUUAAAUCUUGUAUAAAUCACCCAGAAAUCAGUAAAGACUUGUACUUCCAUCAAGCACUCUUCACAUGUCUGUUUAUGUCACCUGUAGAAGAUCAGCUAUUCCAGGAGCAUUUAUUGAAAACUGAUUGUAGGAGUGGAAUUGAUAUCAUCUGUAAUACUGAAAAAGAAGGCAAGACUAUGUUAGCCUUGCAACUCUGUGAAUCCUUUCUUAUUUCACAGCUCCAGAAUGGAGAUAUGUACUAUAUCUGGGAGUUGAUUUUCAUAUGGAGUAAACUACAGCUUAAGUCUAAUCCUUCAAAACAAGUUUUUGUAGAUCAAUGCUACCAGCUUUUAAGAACAGCAACUAAUGUGAGAGUCAUAUUUCCUUUCAUGAAAAUCAUUAAAGAUGAGGUUGAAGAAGAAGGCUUGCAAAUUUGUGUUGAAAUAUGUGGUUGUGCUCUACAACUAGACCUUCAUGAUGAUCCCAAAACUAAAUGUCUAAUUUAUAAAACAAUUGCACAUUUUUUGCCAAAUGAUUUGGAGAUUCUCAGGAUUUGUGCACUCUCAAUAUUUUUUCUUGAACGUUCCUUGGAAGCAUAUCAUACUGUUGAACGGCUCUACAAACGUCCAGAUGAAGAAUAUAAUGAAGGCACAAGCAGCGUUCAGAAUCGUGUUCGCUUUGAAUUACUUCCAAUUUUGAAAAAGGGAUUGUUUUUUGAUCCGGAAUUUUGGAACUUUGUAAUGAUUAAGAAAAACUGUGUAGCAUUAUUGAGAGAUAAAUCGGCAGUUAGAUUUUUAAAUGAAAGUACACUGGAAAAUCCUACAAGUGAUCUAAAAAAGACAGUGAAACGGCAAGGUUUAGAUGAAGGGCUUCACUCUCUUACAGAUCAGACCACUGGAGAGUUUAAUCUUGAUGAUAUAUCUGGAGUGCAAUCUAAAGGUCAUGCUAAUACAAAGAAAAACUUUACAGCUCUUAAUGCUUCCAAAGUAGAUCACAAUGUCCCAAGGCAUCGGUGUGUGUUAUGUAACAAAGAGUUUCUAGGUGGUCACAUUGUAAGGCAUGCCCAGGCUCAUCAGAAAAAAGGCAGUUUUUCAUGUGUAAUAUGUGGUAGGAAAUUUAGAAACAAAGGACUUAUGCAGAAGCAUUUAAAAAAUCAUGUUAAGAAAAUACAGAGACAGCAAAUUACUGUAACUCAACAGGAGGAUCAGGAAAUCCCUGCUCUGGAAGAAAUAAAUUGUUCUGAUUCUUCCAUUUCAUUUGAAAAUGGGAAUUCUGAUGAGAAUUUGGAAGUAGAACCGCUUACUGCUUCCACUGAUAGAAACAAAGAAGUCAUCCCUGAGCAUGUGGCUGAAUUCAUUGAAAUUCCUGUAAGUGUUCCAGAAGAUGUUAUUGAAAACAUUAUUAAAAAUGGCAGUCCUGAUACUCCUUUAAAUAAUGUUCUGGAGCCUUUACCUGAAUGCGAAGAUGACGACGAAGAAGAGGAGGAAGAAGGCGAUUAUGAGGAAGAUGAUUAUGACCUGAAUCAAGAAACUUCAGUACUUCAUAAAAUCAAUGGAACUGUGUGCCAUCCAAAAGACAUAUAUGCUACCGAUCAAGAAGGAAACUUUAAGUGCCCGGCUCUUGGCUGUAUCAGGAUCUUUAAAAAAAUUGGAUUUCUAAACAAACAUGCAAGGACUGUACAUCCAACUGAUUUAAAUGUGCGGCAGACAGUAAUGAAGUGGAGCAAAGGAAAAUGCAAAUUUUGUCAAAGGCAAUUUGAAGAUUCUCAGCAUUUUAUAGAUCACCUUAAUAGACACAGCUAUCCAAAUGUGUACUUUUGUUUGCAUUUUAAUUGCAGUGAGUCCUUUAAGCUGCCAUUCCAGCUUGCUCAGCAUACAAAAAGUCACAGGAUAUUUCAAGCUCAGUGUAGUUUUCCAGAAUGCCAUGAGCUCUUUGAAGAUCUUCCUCUGCUAUAUGAACAUGAAGCUCAGCACUAUUUAAGUAAAACACCAGAAUCAUCUACACAACCAAGUGAAUCAAUUCUUUGGGAUGUUCUUACGGACUCAAAUCCUAAUCAUCAGGAAAAAGACUCAUCUAGUAAUGAGAAGCAAACUAUUAGCCUGCCAGUUUCUGCUAGCAAAUCAAGGAAAGAUUAUUCAGAACCAAAGACAUGUAUAGAAAGUAUGGAAAGGAAAACAGACAAUUUAGUUCAGAAUGGAAAUGAACAUUCUGAUGAUGCUGUUUCAGAUACAAGCUUGUUAGACCAAAAGAUGCCUGAUGUAGAGCCAAAUUCUGAAAAUAAUUGUACCAUUAAUGAUCAGUUAGUCAAUGGACACAUUGAAAUAGAACAGACACCUUUAGUUUCGUCAGAUCCUGCUUUGAAAAUUGAUACAAAUAGAACCAGGACAGAAAAUGGUUCCAUUUUACCCAGUGUUGUACCACAAGACCACAGUACCCUGCCAGUAUCUCAGGCACCUUCCAAACCAAAUCUGACAAGUGAACAUACUUCAUAUGGCUUGAUUUUAACAAAGCCAUACGUCAGACCGUUGCCUCCCAGUUACCUGGAUGAACGAUACCUUAGUAUGCCAAAACGCAGAAAAUUUCUGACUGAUAGAGUAGAUGCCUGUUCUGAUCAAGAUAAUGUUUGUAAAAAAUCAGUGAAAAGAUUAAGAUGUGGCAAAUGCCUGACCACCUACUGUAAUGCAGAAGCACUUGAGGCUCACCUUGCACAAAAGAAAUGUCAGACACUCUUUGGAUUUGAUUCAGAUGAUGAAAGUAAGUCUUCAACCUUCUCAGUAGGUAUAUCUGUAGAAAUAGAAAAUGCUAUAGAUAAAACAGUAGUAGACUUUUAUGUGGUUAAAAAAAUUAACAUUUGUAUAGCACAGAUAAUAAAGCACUGCCCUAAAAAUUAUUUCCUUUAACCCAUACAACCACCAUGAGGUGAUACUACUAUUCCUGUUUUAUAAAUCAAGGAGUGAAAUUCUCAAAGGUUAAGUACUUUGGAUAGACAACAGGCCUAUGAACUGUAGAAGUGAGAACUUGAACACAGGCCUUUCAUACUCUUUGAUCACACUUGUUCCACUGUAUCAAAGGCUUUUCUUCAUUCCAAGUUUUAUGUAGUAAAAUGUCUAGAAACAAAGUAAUGAUGAAAACACAUUUUCAUCUGCAUGCCAGAAUAUAAAUCAAGUUGAGCCUCUGUUAUAACAGAAGUGAAAAAGCAGAAAACAAUAAAAAAAAAAAAAUUCAAUGAAAGAUGAGCAUGCAUUCUAUUGAUAUCAAUAUCCUUUGAAUGAGGAAAGGUAUAAAUUAAACAGAAAUAU